UCUAAACGGCAUAUGCGUCACCCGUACGCACGCGCGACCAGUUUGGCCCCAUCUCCGAAGUCCAAUAUCUAUAAACUAUAGAACUUGUAAUAACCUGUCGUUUAAUCACCAUUUACCGUUUUGCUUUUACAAAUAACACCAUCCAUUUGGCAACAUCACUUCCACGCACAUAAAUACCACCGCUUUCGUCCUUUUAUCCCGAUCAAUCUGUUUGUCUCUGCUCUCAUUUUACCAUUUUCUUCUUCUUUGCCGUUUCUGAGCUAGUCGUUUUCGAUUCUCUCGAUCUCUGUCAAUGGCAAAGGAACCAGUUCGCGUUCUCGUCACUGGGGCUGCAGGACAAAUUGGAUAUGCGCUUGUCCCCAUGAUUGCUAGGGGAGUCAUGCUUGGUACUGACCAACCUGUCAUCCUCCACUUGCUUGAUAUCCCACCUGCAGCAGAGGCAUUGAAUGGUGUGAAGAUGGAGUUGGUUGAUGCAGCUUUUCCUCUUCUUAAAGGUGUUGUUGCUACAACUGACGUUGUUGAGGCUUGCACUGGGGUAAACAUUGCUGUCAUGGUUGGUGGCUUCCCUAGGAAAGAAGGAAUGGAGAGAAAAGAUGUGAUGUCAAAAAAUGUGUCAAUCUACAAGUCCCAGGCUUCUGCCCUAGAGAAGCAUGCAGCUGCAAACUGCAAGGUUCUGGUUGUCGCCAACCCGGCAAACACUAAUGCAUUGAUUCUGAAGGAAUUUGCACCAUCCAUCCCUGAGAAAAAUAUUACUUGCUUGACAAGACUGGAUCACAAUAGGGCACUUGGCCAAAUUUCAGAGAGACUGAACGUUCAAGUAUCUGAUGUUAAGAAUGUGAUCAUUUGGGGGAAUCAUUCAUCAACUCAGUACCCUGAUGUCAACCAUGCAACUGUUAAAACUCCAUCUGGGGAGAAACCUGUCCGGGAACUUGUUAAAGAUGAUGCAUGGUUGAAUGGGGAGUUCAUCACUACAGUUCAACAACGCGGUGCUGCAAUCAUUAAAGCUCGAAAGCUUUCAAGUGCAUUAUCUGCUGCUAGUUCUGCUUGUGAUCACAUUCGUGAUUGGGUUCUUGGAACUCCUGAGGGCACCUGGGUUUCCAUGGGUGUCUACUCUGAUGGCUCAUACAAUGUGCCUGCUGGGCUGAUUUAUUCUUUUCCUGUCACUUGCCAAAAUGGAGAGUGGAAAAUUGUUCAAGGACUUCACAUUGAUGAAUUUUCAAGGAAGAAGUUGGACUUGACAGCAGAUGAGCUCUCCGAGGAGAAGGCUCUCGCUUACUCAUGUCUCUCAUAAAUACUCUCUUUUAAUCGCUGCUGUGUAGUAAGUGGGCCUCUCUCGCCUCUUCUUACAUGAGGCAGGUAUAUUUUACAGUUUUGAAUAAAGUCACUGUUAAGUUUUAGAUGAACGGAUGAUGAUGGAGAAAGUGCAUUUUGGACGAUGAUGAACGGACGAUGAUGUUUCAAUUUUAAUGACUUCAUGAAUUGAUAUUAUGACCUACAACUGGUUGUGGUGAUAAAUUUGCGUUGGUCAUUAAGAUUUAAGAUCAAUAUGCCAUUUGUUUUUUGCUUUUUUGCAUUUCA